CAACUGAAGCUUUAUUGACUGCGCUCAAACCUCAAAACCUCUUGUGUACAAAAAUUAUAGAUGCGUUCCUUGGGUGAAUGUAGAAGUAAGAAUUUCAGGUGGACAGGUGGAUUAUAUAAAUCAUACGAAUCCCGAAGUUAAACGCCUAGUUUACUUUUUUUCGCAAACUCAACAUGGCUAGCGCACCAAAUAUGAACGCUGUCCGGGAAACCAUGGAUGUUCUGCUGGAGAUAUCUAGGCUUUUGAACACAGGACUUGACAUAGAGUCCCUUUCCCUUUGCGUGCGACUUUGUGAACAAGGAAUCAACCCCGAGGCUCUGUCUUCCGUUAUAAAAGAGCUCCGCAAGGCCUCUGACGCAAUGAAGGUGUCAGAAAGCAGCAAAGGUUAAGAGCCGAAGAAAUGCAUAAUGAAGGAAAGGAUCAGACUGACAUUAAACGCGUUAAACAAACGAUGAUUUCCCAUACUUUAUGGGAUGCCACUUUGGUCGCUUUUAAGUUAUGCAGUAUGGCAAAGUAAUUUGCAUGAUGUCUUUGUGACAGUUUGAAGCAAUUGAAUCUGAUCAUUUUGAGCUGUGGGCAUAUACAUAUAUGUGAUGAAAAUUUGAAUUUCAUCAGGAAUGAAAUGUAUGCUGUACUUAGCUGUGCCCGUUUUUUCAGUUAACUUCCCCCAAAGUGGUGUCCUCAGCAGCUUGGUAUUUUGCCUGAAGUGGCUGUCUUGGAAAAGCAGUUGGUUGCUUGUCAACCUGAAACACAAUAGAAAGUCUUAAAGACUUGAAAAAUGGCUGUUUGUCUGCUUGAUGCUUAGCAUCUAAAGAGAGAGGAGACAGUGGCCUGUGUUUGACAAGGGGAUUUGUGUUUGACCUCAGGCCGUUUACUUGUUUGUUUAAAGUGUCUUCCCUCAACAAACACCAACUCUGAAGCUCACCCUCUGAACUUUUUGCUAUAUAUAUAUAUAUAUAUAUAUAUAUAUAUAUACACACACACACAGUAUUUUUUUAUCCGGUUAAUCCUGAAUUAUUUAAAUAAUAAGUAUGUUUCAGCCUGGGGGAGCUGUUUUUGUGUUGUUAAUUUUUGUUACAGCUUUGAUGUGAGAUUUUUAAAAAUUGAGUAUUAAUUUCUUACACAUUUGAAUAAAAUAAAAUCUUGCUGAAGAUGUAUGGAGUGGUUUAAGUCUCAGUCCAGUAGAAUCUACAUUUAUUCAAGCUGCUCGUCAUAAAUUAGACCCACUGUUUCAUUCUCAGUUUUCUUUUUGCCAUCUUAUGUUUUAAUGUUUAUUAUCAGUCAGAAUGCCUCGUGUAAAUUUACUUCAAGUGCAACUGAUGAAUUAUGUCUGGUUUUGUGCGGAAAUGUACAUGCAGUACUAUCCCACACCUAGAUACUGUAUCCACCUUGCAGUCCGUGUGGUUACUCCUAGAAAAUUAGUCUUUCUGUAAAGGAUCAGUGAUUAUACAUCCUGUCGCUAAAUUAGAUUUUCAGAUUUGUAUUUUAAUAUUUUUUAACAUAAAAUCAUGCAUGCAAAAAUAAAGACAGCAUUUCCAAUUAAUACACAAUAUACAGUAUCUCACUUGUCACAAUGCAAUUUCUCCAGGCAGUUGCAUUAUAUGCCCACAGGGUGGCGGGAGUUAGCUGUUGGAGGAGUUGCCUUUCUAAACAUGUAAAACCAUGGAAAAUACUUGCAGUUAGUCCUCAUCAGGGUAGUGAGGAUGCAAACUUUGUCAGUGGUUAAUUAAUCACAGGUAUUUGUCUUCACAACUUCAGGUAAAUUGACUGAAAAUGGCAGUAAGGAUGAUGAGAGGGAACGUCUAUGUAUGAAUGACAUCAUAUUUCUAUAUAACCUGCAUACUUUUCAUAUUUGAAUAUUUCACUGAACCAGAUGUAAGUACAGUAGUGUAAAUGUAAUUAUUCACAUUGUUUAAUGUUUGUUGUUGGCUUUAAAUGGAAAAUAAUACUUUCAAAUAUCUGUUUCAAUUCACAGAAACAAACUGCAGAUGCAUUGAUUACAUUAAUGCACAGGUUUAAAAUGUUUGAAGCAGUUAAUUCCAUAUACUCAUGGAAAUAAGAACUCAAAGCAGGACUAUUUCUGUUAAUUUAGUGGCCUCAGUGGCCUUGCUUUCUGUAAUACUCAAACUUCCUGCUACUUAUAAUAAGAUAAAUAAGCUUUUCUUCAUGAUCCGACAGUGCAGACUCUACAUUAUGAAAUGCAGCAGUUCCUUUUUCAACUACAGCAACCCCAUUUCCUCAAUGAUUACCUCUUUAUUGUGAAUUUGAAAAGAUCCAACUCGAUUAGAUUGACACCACAAUGCAUGUAAUAUAAGAUCUACUACAGUACAACCUGGGACAUUACAGAUUAAAAUAAAAAAUAUAUACUGUUUGCACGGCAGACAGCCUUAUCCAAGCCUUACCUUGCGAUUUAUUUACCUUAGCUUCAAAACAAGCUGAAGUGACUUAGGUUACAGUAGGCUACCUUGCUCAGGGCUGUAACAGCAAUAGGCAGUGUGGGUAGCCUAACUGGUCAUUUAAACCACAAACACUCUGGCUGCAGGCCCAGUUCUCUCACCACCACUCCGCACUGAAUUAUUUGGAUUCCUUUGUUCUGACCGUUGCAGAACCAAGGCCGCGUUUCUUGCGUCUUGCCUAUGUAGAUGCAUUCAAAUGUCUUACGCGAUUAUUCAGGGACUGCGAACGUGAAGAUAACGGGCGGCGGUAGCCGGUGAGCGAGGCCCACCCCCGGGGAAUCAUAACCUUGUCCGGCUGUGCCGGUAUGAGCGCGCCCGGUCCUGAAGCCGGUUCCCCGAGCGUGGCUCCGUGUGGAGGACUAGAAAUGUUUAGCGAUAGUCUGUCGCUCUGCUGGGCUGUGUCUUUACUGUAAGUCAGGACCCCGAAACUGGAAACUGAUGCAUCCCUACUCCCAAACCACCCAUUAGGAGGCGCUGUUUCCCAAGGGCUUGUGGGUGUCGUCAAUCACCGCAAAACGUCAGCAGUGGGGGGGAAAAGACGAAUCUUUAAUUAACGUUAAGCUCAUUUAAUUUUUUUAAUAAAUUAACAGAAAAAAAAACAAGUGCAGAAAUUCAUUUUUGUCAUUCGAAUUUUCACGUUUCACGUUUAGUAAUCAAAACAUAUCUGGCCUUUAAUUGUGUUAGAAUUCUCUUUUCGAGCAUUGUUAGAAAUGCAGGUCGAUUCAGCCGGUCACAUGUUUCUGAUGUCGAGUCCCCGGUAAUAACAGAACAAACAACUUAAAAUCUAAUUGCUUCAAGUCCGCUCGUUAAUUUGUUGUUGUGCGCAAUCAUUGCCGGCAAAGGAUGCUCAAAGUAAAAGGUUAGCACAUCUUUGUUUUUGCAGAUGAGAUCUGACACCAUGUGAUGAAGGCAACACAUUUUGCUGAAGUGCUUGUAAUCAUUUCUACCUCAUGGAAAAUGAGUCCCUGUUUGUUAAACACCAGACAACACUGGAACAAUCCUCCAGAGAGAUGUUCAAUAUAAUGCACUAAUUAAAUGGAAUAAUUUAAUUACUGUAACUCAGAAAGCAUUCAUCAAUAUAAAUUGUUCCUUGCAAUGCUAUUAUAAUUGAUGUUUGAAUUGAAAUGACUCAGUUUCUAUAGAGACAGGUUUCGUCCCCUUGUUCCCUCCUGCUCCCCUUUCUUCUCUCUUUUUUCUCUCUCUCUCUUUUUGUCCGAUCUUUCAUGUGCCGCUCCUGCCACUGUUUGUUUGAUAGGCAGUAAUAUCACAUUAAUACACAUGUUCCCACAAUUUAGUUUAAUCUCGCGACAUGUAUUUGCACAGUGACGAGAUGGAUAUACCUGCUGACAGAUAGCCAGUGUCCAACUUUUUUUCUUUUUUUAUCAGCCGCGCUUUCAUAAAGGGCCUCAGUGUUUGCCGGGAUCGCUGAGCAUGCCUGACAUCGACUCUGUCUUGAAUUCCACCGGCAGGGAGACGGCACAGAGCUCAAUUCGUCCGAGCAAGCCAAAAUAAUAAAACAUAAUUUGGGCUAAUCUGCCCGAAGAAUGUUGGCUGUUUGAAGCAGACGGUCGUCUAUCUUCCGUGGAAAUAAUCGGCUAUUGACUAAAGCGAGAGAGUCCAGUGCCGGGGUCUGUUCUGCGCCCCUUCGCUCGCAGGUGUCCUCCCGGACAGACAAUCCCGGCCUUGUUCGAAAGAGGGGGAAAAAGGUCCCCACCGAGAGAGAAAAACAGACAGUGGAAACUCUACCUCUCAUUUUCUGAGCUUCCCUGGAAUGUGCUGAAUAAUAAGGACCUCUCAGAUCCCCGUGUAGCAAAAUGGUAAAAAAAAAAAAAAAAAAUAUAUAUAUAUAUAUAUAUAUAUACAUAUAUAAAACAGAGAGUGAAUCAAGGAAUCUAGGCUCUCGCAUUACAACAAAUUACAUCCACAGGGUGGAGCUUGUAUUAUCUAUAGCUGGUUUUGUUUAGAUUGUACAUUUAUGGGUGAAUAUGAAAAAUUAUUUUAAAAUGAGAAAUAGAGAUAUUUGAGAAGUGUAGCUCAGGAUUGGUAAAUUUGUACUUAUCCAUAAUUGUGUAAUAAGUGUUGUGGGGAAUGGGUUGUUACAGCAUUGUACAUUUAGCAAUGCUAUUUGACCGUGCAAAUUAAUUCUGUUAAAUUAACUUGUCAUUUAAAGUCCCUCUUAAAAGCCCAUGCAUUCCUGGUCAGUAAUUCCAAAAUAUUGAUUCAUGUUACAGCUCAAAAUUUGUUUUUUUAAGUAGACCAUUAAUGAGAUUUCUGGGUUGUUCUAUUCAGUCUUGCGUUCUUCAAGGGUCAGAGAACAUAUUAAUCAGCUCUAGGAAAUCCAAUUCCGCACGAGAGAUAAUAUUGCUGUGGAGUUACGCAUUUUUUUUUUGUAAUCCCCGUCAAAAGCUUAAAAUGGCGAUAAUAUUGCACGGAGAAUGACGAGGACACGUAAAUUAACCGCGCUACCACCACGCGAAGGCCUUCGUUUCCUAUUUCCGGUUUCAGUGCACAGGACAGCAGCUCAGAGUGUGUUUUCUCUCUCCUAUUACUUCGACCACUUUGUGAAGUUCAGUAAACAGGCAGGCUGUGGCACUUCUCUAAUGGUAGGGGCUGAAUAUGGCUCUAAACACUGUGCAGCCAAUGACCUGUCCAAUCACCUUUUCAGAAAGUCAGGAAAGUGCACUGAAACAAACUCCCGAGACAGAUUUAUUUUCCAAAAUUUGAAAGUAAUUUAAUGUUUCAGUUUAUUCAUUUUUUUCAUUAUUUAUCAGUGAAAUUUCUUUUCCCAAUGAUUAGUGAUGUUCUUGCUAGAACAUACUUGCUUUUAUCAAAGAGCAUUAGAUGCACUCUGGGAGAGAUUCUUUGCAGUUAGGGUUUCUGAUGCACAACUGCCCCACCUCGAUGUGAAAUGCACGAAAAGCCUCAGAUUUCAUCCAUAUCCAUUUCUUUAGUCUUUUUAUUGAAUCUGAAGAAUGAUUCAAGAAAAUUCCCAUUCAUCUCGCCAUAAAAUUCUUUGUCUUUCACCAGUGGGUAAGAUUAGCUUCUGUAUGGGGGAUCAUUCCUAUCAAAUGUGGCUUCCCUCUUCCUUGUUGUGUUUUUGAGAUUUUAAGGACCAGUUCGUGCUUCAGAAUGGAGCAUCGUGGACAGAUCUUGGUUUCUGAAUGUGUGCUGUCCUUUUUUCCGUCAGGUGGAAGAGCCCGUUUUAAAGCUGUUUCGGAUUCAGCUAUCAGCAUAAUGGGUCCAGGGAAGGAUCCAACCCUUUGGCCUGGCAGCGCUCUGUGUGCGCUGAUUAGAUUAUGUCCGACUGCAUUAGUCCUUCGGAAGACAUAUUCCAUUUGGCGUGCAUGCAUUAAUUUACAUAUCCUAUUAAAAGGGAUUUCUCACUGUUCACCUUGACAUAUUUCUGCUGGUGGGAAUUUUUGUUUGUUUGGCAUCCUUGUGCCUCUGCCCAUGGAUGUUAUUUUUAUGUAGACGGUACUGAGAACAUGUGUGCUGAAGUUCCAUAGGUUGAACCGUAAGUCCUCAUUGGACAUCCCUGAGCCAAUCAGAGCCUGAAGGGACGAGUGUAUAACCAAUGGCAUGGAUGUCAGGGACAGUGGAUUUUUCUCCAGCACAGAGAAGUAAAUGGAAGCGGAACAUACAACCGCACUGUAGAAAGGCACAGAUGACGCCAUUAUUUUAUAACACAAUAAAAAAGCUACUUAGCCAAAUUGUAUUCUGCCCAACGUCUUGGAAUUUGCUGUAAUUUCAUGAACCUUUGUCAGCUGUAUAAAAGUGAAAAAAGCAAUGAUCAACUUAAUUAAAUUGCCAGUGAUACAUUGCCAGUGUGUUUGUUUAGUCGCUUUCGCACACUUAGUACGAGGCCCCGAUGGGCCAGUGUGUGUAGAUGAGACUAUCUCCAUUCUGAAUUCCACUGAAAUGCUCAUUUGUCUAGAAGAACUGCCAGUCUAUUGAGUUUCCACAAGUCGGCCCGAUUGAACAGAGCUCUUCUAAUUUCAACUGAAGCCCCAUCUGAACAGCUGGAGCAGAAAUACUUCAGGACAGUAUAUGGAUCAAAAUCAGUUUCGGUAGAAAUCCAGCCUCGAUGCACAGAACCCAGGUUUACAUGUAAACUCCUUAAAUGAGUCGGGCCUCCUGGGUUAUACUCAAACCCCAUCGUCCCCAGCUCUGAAUCAAAACAACCCUCCAUUCUAAAAAUAAUCAGGAAAAUGACACUUUUGGUGGUGAUAUCUGUAUCUAUGCUACGGUUUCACAGUUAGACUCAGAGUUGGAGAUUGUGCAUACUGGGUCUCUCAUGACAUUUUAAACUCAUGCGAAUGGAAGAACUGAAGAACUGGCUGAGAUUAUUAUGAGUUUACCUUUUCCAAUAUGGCUCCCAAAGCACGUGAAACACAUGGUGCAAAAAGAAGUUUGUGCACCUUCGUAGACAAUGACCAAAAUUGUGCCAAAUUUCAGUAAAUUUAGAAAAUGAGUCAAGACUUGUGCAUGCUGGAAAAACAGGAUGCCCAAACAAUGGCGUUCAGUGCGCUGGCAGACUUUAUGUAGAGUGGCCUCUAAAACUAAUGAUACAUUGUUUUUUCAUAUGUCAUUUUUGCCCUCAGCUGGGACCACCAAUGACUGAGUUGGUAUGUGUGGCUAAUUGCAAUGUCCAGGUUUCCUGUGAUCUGCAUCCCGUGUUUAGUGUUCACGUUUCUAACCAGUUGGUGGAUAUAAUGGGCACAGUCUCAUUCGCUGAAUUUUCAGGGUUUUGAUGCAUUUUACAAAUGUGGUUUCUAAGUUUGUAAUUCCUGUUUGUGGGGGGGAAAAUCUAUUUCCAAAAAAGAGACACAAGCACUAUCCUCUCACAAAAGGACAAAGAGAUGUCUGGUGUGAGAUUAUCACAGACAAUGGUUAGGAGUCCUGUGGUUCACGUUGACUAGAAUUUGGCUGCACAAUUCAAGAACACGUUUAUUUAUGAAUUGCUUUUUUCCGUCACGAACAUACCUUCAAAUCACUGUAUUAGACACAAUUUCUUUGGUAGUAGUUAUUUAAAAUGUAGAUAAUGUAAAAUGAACUGAAUAAGUCCUAUGCGAACACUGCUAUACAGCAAUUACAUGUGUUUGAUAAGAUACCAAACCUCUCUGCGAUUAUGAGGUUUUGGGUUUUGCUCGUAGUUCUGAAGUCAGUGAAGAAAAGGGGCACCUUCACGAUUAAAGAGAUCAGCAUCCCUUGAAAAGCAGACCUGUCAAUCAUUGCUGUGCUCUGAGGAAAUCUCAUUGCCACAUGUUCUACAUUCUUUGAGAAAACCUGGGGAAAUUAAUUUGGUUUCAUAGGCUCGGCUACAACAACGAAAUCUUUAAAAGAGUGUAUAUUUCUGGGGAUACAUUACUUCAGUAGUUAGGAGGUUUCCCUCGUGAGGACUGUAAGGUCCUUACUGUAUUGUAUUUUAUUCCAGGGCUGCGUUCCUCCUCAGUGGUUCUCAGUCAAGCAGAUUGCUUGGUUUAAUCUCCGUCAGACUUUGUAUCUCAUGUUGUUUUUUUUCAGUCAUGGAUGUGCAGUUGGAAAUGUUUUCUUUGCUUUAAGAGGAUGGCUAUGGCUGCUACCCUCAAAUUUUCCUCUUGCAUUCCACAAAUCUAAGAUGCCUGAUUUUUAAGCCACAGAUCUUUACGAGCUUGGUGGUCACUAAAGUUUGCAAUAAAUAUUGCGUUAACCUGCGUCUAUAACCCUAAUCCUUGUUUCUGAAUGGUAAGAUAAAGUAAAGUUGGAAUGGUAUGGAUUUCUGAAUAAUACAGUACAGUUGCCCUGUAAGUAGCAAACUAAUCAAAAUUGAACUUUUUAAAAACAAUAUUUUUUGUGCCAUUUCAUAUAAAAAAUAUUUGUCAAUCAUACAUUAAAAUAAUCCCUUAAUCAAUACACAUUGUUCCAUCCAGUGUCAUAUAGGCACAGGCAGCUUUAAUAUAGCAUUCAGACUGCAUUUCAAAGCACAUUGCAAAAUGUUCAGUGUUAAAUCAACUCUUAUGGCAUCCAUAUGGUUCCCUAUGGGCUCGUGUGUGCUCUGUUAGAGUCGAGUUAGCACUGGAUGUUUUACAUUCACAGCAGCUGGACAUUCAGCAAAGGCAGGAAAGGGGGUUGCUGAGUGUCAGGCCCUGCUAAGGCACUGAUCUGGCAUGUGAUUGGGCCCCAGGUAUGUUCUUGAGGACUAAUAUACUGCACGUUAUAAUCUUUCUGCUUGUUUAUCUUUCACAAACAUUAAUUAUCAAUUUAAUUGGAAAUUCAAAAUUUGGAGAAAAAGGGGGUGAAAACAAGUUAAGUAGAGAAAUAUAAGAUCACUUUUUUAAAAAAUGAGAAUUUGUUAAAAAUAUAUUAUUUAUAUUUAUGGACAUCUGCAGAAUAUUAGAAAUAAUACUUGUUAAAAAAGGAGCAUGAAUGUCAAGAAAAAAUCAGAGUUUUAAUUAAGAAAGGGCUAUUUGGAAAACAAAACCAUGAUAAAGUUUUCAGAUUGUGAACAAUUUGUAAUUUUUAAACUGGUUUUUAAUAAUUAAGAGCACUUUGGCAUCAAAGAGACUGGGGGUUUGUUCAAAGGUAUUAAUUAGAACUUCAUUUAUGCAGAUGCCUGAGAAAUUUGCAUAAAAAGCAAUUCCACAGAUGGGUUUAUUGAGUAAUGAAUGUUUCAUCGUGUAGCGUAACAUCUGCUUUACUGCAAUGUUGAGAGACCCGCUGCUUAAGAACAUCUUGACAGAAAUGAAGGAAAGAGGUCUUUGGAAAAGUAAGAGGAAAAUGGUUGAGUAGCUUGGAAAGUGUAAAUCUGUUUGUAAACCAGAAAAUCUGUCUGUUGUAAUUUUUUCUUAUUAAAAUGUAACAUUGUAAAAUGUUUCUUAUUAAAGCUCCUUUUGGAACACA